AUGGAUCUGUUGAGCAGACAAGGAUUGAGGACCGACGGUCGGAGGUCCGGUGAGUUGCGCAGGAUACGGUGCAAGAUGGGUGUAUUCAAUCAGCCGGACGGCAGCGCGUACUUGGAACAGGGCAACACAAAAGUUGUAGCGGCCAUUUACGGACCACACGAGAUUCGUACCAAUCGGGCUAAAGCACCAAAUGACAGUGCGGUGAUCAACUGUCAGUAUAGUAUGGCCACGUUCAGUAGGAGUGAACGGAAGCGUCGACCGAGAGACAACAAAUCAGCUGAGCUUACGUUGCAUCUCAAACAAGCUAUGGCCACUGCAAUCAAAACCGAUCUUUAUCCUAAAUCUCAGAUUGAUAUUUUUGUCCAGGUUUUACAAUCAGAUGGUGGAAAUUAUAGUGUAUGUGUUAAUGCAGCUACAUUAGCCCUGAUAGAUGCUGGAAUUGCCAUGGAAGAAUUUGUGAUCUCGUGUACAUCAAGUUUAGCUAAUGGAGAAACACCACUAGUGGACAUUAGUCAUCUCGAAGAGACCAUGGGUGGACCCAGUCUGACUGUAGCAAUAUUGCCAAUUUCUGGAAAGAUUGCUAUGUUAGAAACGUCACAAAGAAUUCACAUCAAUCAUUUAGAACCUGUAUUAACAGAAGCUGUUCGAGGAUGUCGCUACAUAUACGAGAAUUUGAAUAAAAUCAUAAAGAAACAUUAUGAAGAGAUAGGCGGUGCUUUAAAUUGGGGAACUGAGGAGUACAAUAUUUAA